AUGUGGAUCAUCUCGUUCUGGCUUUUCCCCGUGAUAUCCGGGUGCAUGUGGAUAGCUACCUUAGUAGCCAUGAUGUCAACCUGGGCAGCAGAAGGAAAACCAAGAUAUAUCACCAUGGAUGAUGGGCUCACCAUUCCUUACAUUUCCCAUAUCGGAGCCGAAGGGCUCAAACCGCUGUUCAUUGCCGGCAGUGCAGUAACAGUCGUGUUUAUGGAUCUCGGUCUCCUCUCUGAGCGUUGGCUCCGCCAUGCCGGCCAACUUGCCCCAAACAAAGGGCGGUUCGACAAGACCUGUGCUGUUGGAUCGAUUCUUUUCUCCAUUGCCGGGGCUGUAGGUCUCAUUCUUCUGUCCAUCUUCGACACGAAGAAUCAUCACAGCCUCCACAACGGGUUUCUGGGCAUGUUCAUAGGGUGCUACGUGGUUUGCGCCCUCCUGGUGUGUCUGGAAUACAUCCAAAUCGGCCGAUUCUACCAUCCACGAGCCCGUAUCUUAAUAUUCAGCUUCGCCAUCAAAGCUCUUUUCGUCAUCUGCGAACUUGCUGUCGCGAUUGCAUUUGGCGUAUGCAUGAAAAAGGGAAAUAAGCAGAAUGCAGCAGCUAUUUUGGAAUGGGUUGCCGCCUAUAUUUUCGCUUUAUUUGUACUUUCUUUUAUCAUUGAUCUGCUACCGUCCGUUCGCACUAAGAAACGAGUUCCUCAGGGUGAAAAGUAUACUCGACCAGGUGUGGAGGAUCGCCCAAUUGACUUUUAG